UAUGGCAACACUGGCCCAACAGACAGCUGUAUUUUGGGUAUUCGCGUAUUUUGGGUAACUAAAUUUGUAAAAAUGUCGAUUAUGUUAAGACGUAACCUGCAAGCGCCUUGGCUGUUAAAGCAAAUUUGCUAUAGUUCCAGCGCCAAAACGAGCGGCGAUGUCGCUGCCACUGAAAAAACGGUGCCCAAAAAUCUGCUCGAGGAUAAGCAAACAGCGAAUUUGCAAAAGGAAAAUGGUGCAAUAUUCGAUAAGAAACCAUUUAAAAUUCAACUGGAUAAGGAUAAAACCUACUGCUGGUGUCUGUGCGGCAAGUCCAAAUCUCAGCCACUGUGCGAUGGCACGCACAAGAACGUAUUUCUGAAGCUGAAGCACAGACCCGUGCGCUUCAAGGUGGAGAAAUCCGGUGAUUAUUGGCUGUGCAACUGCAAGCAAACGACGCAUCGUCCGUUCUGCGAUGGCACCCACAAACAGCCGGAGAUUCAGUCGGCGGUUAAAUAAUAGAACUUGGCUUAAACACGCAUUUUUGUUAAUAACAAAGCAUUUUGUACAUUGAUGUAUUUGAAAAUGAGAAAAUAAAAAUGAGGCAAAUUUGGAAUCAAGCAA